CCAACUUUGAUGUAUUUUACUUAACCCAAUAUAUCCAAACUAUUAUUUCAACAUGUAGGCAAGAUAUAAACAUUAGGAGGUAUUCUUCAGGCUCUUUUCCUGCCAGAUCUUGAAGAUCCAUUGCGUAUUUCACACUGAGACCCCGUCUCAAAACCAACUCGCAAGCCCACGGCCAGGACCGGACGAAGGAAGCGGCCCGAGAACUACACCUCCCAGCACGCUCCGGGCGCACCCUGACGCAUUUCCGGCGCGGCAAAGACGGCGCGCGGCCGCGGGAGAACCACAUCUCCCGGCGUGCUCCGGGCGCGCCCUGUGACGCACUUCCUGCGCGGCGGCGGCGGCAGCGCGCCCCCGGCGGCUCGGCGGCGGAGCGAGGCGACGGCUCGGUCCGCGUCGAGUGGCGGGCGGCUGGCCGACGGGAGCCGGGGCGGGGCGGCGGCUGCCAGCGAGGGAGCGCGCGGGCGGCCUAGCCCCGCCCCCGGCCCGCCCGCCCCGGUGACCUUCAGGGCCCGGGCGGCGGGCGCAGGCCCCGGCGGCGGCGGCGGCGGCGCGAUGUUCGUGCAGGAGGAGAAGAUCUUCGCGGGCAAGGUGCUGCGGCUGCACAUCUGCGCGUCGGACGGCGCCGAGUGGCUGGAGGAGGCGACCGAGGACACCUCGGUGGAGAAGCUCAAGGAGCGCUGCCUCAAGCACUGUGCUCCCGGGAGCUCGGAAGACCCCAAAAGCGUGAGCCAUCACAAGUUAAUUCACGCCGCCUCCGAGAGGGUGCUGAGUGAUGCCAGGACCAUCCUGGAGGAGUCGGUCCAGGACGAAGGCUUUCAAAACGGAGGCCCUGGAGGAAGAACUCGGGUCGCCUCUGCUGACCCACAGCAGGCGCUUGCCAGGCCCGGGGCCGUGGAUGUGCUGCUGCUGAUCAGAAAGCGGGCCCCGUCGCCGCUCCCGAAGAUGGCCGAGGUCUCAGCGGAAGAGAAGAAGAAACAAGAGCAGAAGGCCCCGGAUAGAGACGCUAUAUUCAGAGCCACCGCCAACCUGCCCUCCCGCGACAUGGACCGGGCCGCGGUGCAGACCAGCCCGAGAGACUUCCAGACCGAGCUCCGGAAGAUCCUGGUGUCCCUCAUCGAGGUGGCACAGAAGCUGCUGGCGCUGAACCCGGACGCCGUCGAGUUGUUCAAGAAGGCCAACGCCAUGCUGGACGAGGACGAGGACGAGCGUGUGGACGAGGCGGCCCUGCGGCAGCUCACGGAGAUGGGCUUCCCCGAGAGCAGGGCCGUGAAGGCGCUGCGCCUGAACCAGUACGUGCAGCGGCCCCUGGAGCCCACGCCGCUUGCAUCGUUUCCCAACAUGUCGGUGCCUCAGGCCAUGGAGUGGCUCAUCGAGCAUGCGGAAGACCCCACCAUAGACACGCCGCUGCCGGGCCCGGCCUCGCCGGGAGAGGCGGCCGCUGCGGGGCCCAGCGCCGGGCCCAGCGCGGAGGAGGGGGACGAGGAGGCCCGGGACGAGCUGACGGAAAUCUUCAAGAAGAUCCGGAGGAAAAGGGAGUUUCGUGCCGACGCUCGGGCCGUCGUCUCCCUGAUGGAGAUGGGCUUCGACGAGAAGGAGGUGAUGGACGCCCUCCGGGUGAACAACAACCAGCAGAACGCCGCCUGCGAGUGGCUGCUGGGAGACCGCAAGCCCUCUCCCGAGGAGCUGGACCAGGGCAUCGACCCCGAGAGUCCCCUCUUUCAGGCCAUCCUGGACAACCCCGUGGUGCAGCUGGGCCUGACCAACCCCAAGACGUUACUAGCGUUUGAAGACAUGCUGGAGAACCCGCUGAACAGCACCCAGUGGAUGAACGACCCUGAGACGGGGCCGGUCAUGCUGCAGAUCUCCAGGGUCUUCCAGACCCUGAACCGCUCGUAGGCCGCGCGGCUCCUCUGCGCACCCCCAGCCGAGCCGGGCAGGAGCGCCGACACCGGGGCCCCAGGCCGGGGGCGGAGAGGGGCCGGCGGGCGCUGCGGCUUCCACCUUCCUGCUGCAGACCUCGGACGCCGCGUCUCCAGCCUCUGCCAGUGUUUACAGACGAGUGGCUGUCACACCGAGAAGGGUCGUCUCCCUCCGAGGGCCCCUGUGGGCUCUUGAAAUGCUACUUGACUUGGCCUGUAGGCGCUGCUUGUAGAGUCCACGUGUUAUUUGAGAGAGGAGGCAUGUUUCAACCCAAAGUGUUAACGUCAAAGGUACUAACUUAAGUAGAAUUCACAGAUGACUUUCUUUAAUAAAUAAACCCCCUUUUGCAGUUUC